UUGACCCAGUUUCAGCGAACAGCGCUCGCGCUGCCGGUUUGAAUACGCAGCUGGCGCGCGGGACUGGAGCGCACCGUCUCUCGUGCUCCGCGACGCGCGUGCGCCUCACAAUGCUGGAAACCAAGUUUGUCUCCCCGCGAUGAAUCCGGCCAACGAGACCGAGAGAAGCGCGGACAAAUACGUUUUCGCAGCUGGAACCUACAAACUCCUGGCGCUCACCAUCGGAACCAUUGGAGUGUUCGGCUUCUGCAACAACAUUGUUGUCAUUUUACUCUACUGUAAAUACAAGAGGCUUCGGACGCCCACGAAUUUGCUGCUGGUCAACAUAAGUUUGAGUGAUUUUCUGGUGUCCGUCAUCGGCAUAAACUUUACAUUUGCUUCGUGCGUCAAAGGCAGGUGGAUAUGGAGCCAGAAUACAUGCGUCUGGGACGGCUUCAGCAACAGCCUAUUUGGCAUCGUCUCCAUCAUGACUCUGGCGGCUCUGGCUUAUGAGCGCUACAUCCGGGUGGUCCAUGCCCAGGCGGUGGACUUUCCCUGGGCAUGGCGGGCUAUUGCCCACAUCUGGCUGUACUCCCUGGCCUGGACAGGGGCCCCUCUGCUCGGGUGGAACCGCUACACUUUAGAGAUCCACCAAUUGGGCUGCUCCCUUGACUGGGCAUCCAAAGACCCAAAUGAUGCCUCCUUCAUCCUCUUCUUCCUCUUUGCGUGUUUCUUUGUGCCUGUUGGUAUCAUGAUCUACUGCUAUGGCAACAUCCUCUAUACAGUGAGAAUGCUGCGUUCUCUCCAAGAUCUCCAGACAGUUCAGAUUAUCAAGAUCUUGCGUUACGAGAAGAAGGUUGCUGCCAUGUUUCUUCUGAUGAUAUCCUGUUUCCUGGUGUGUUGGACACCAUAUGCGGUUGUGUCCAUGAUGGAGGCCUUCGGCAGGAAGACCAUGGUCUCUCCCACAGUGGCCAUCAUCCCCUCAUUCUUUGCCAAGUCCAGCACAGCGUACAACCCCCUGAUCUAUGUGUUCAUGAGUAGAAAGUUCCGGCGGUACUUCCUGCAGCUGCUCUGCUCGCGACUCUUCCACAAGAUCUCCUGGCUGCAGAAAAACCUCAAAGAGCGCCCCCUGGCGCCCGCCCAGCUCCCCAUCCGGCCCAUCGUCAUGUCCAACUCGUGCGACACCAGGGACCGACCCAAGAAGAGGGUUACCUUCAACUCCUCCUCCAUUGUCUUCAUCAUCACCAGCGACAACUUCCAGCAGUUCGACGUUACCUCCAAGCCCGGAGAUUCUUCGCAGGCUAAUGUCAUCCAAGUGAGGCCGUUGUGAUCCAUGAGAACCUGACCUCUCACUCAUGCCUUUGAGUAUGCCUUAUGACCAAACAUGUAGUUCCAAACCAAACUAAUCCUGUCUGACCUCCUUCGCUGUUUCUGUGUCUGUUCACAGUUUCAGACUUUUUACAACCGACUGUAAAUACCCAACUUUCCACUCAAAACCUCAAGAAAACCUGAAGGAGUCAUAAAAAAGGGACAUCCUCAUUAAACAUCAGCUGUGGUGAUAUUAAGUAGGUAAUUGCGUAGUUAAUUAACUAGUUUUAUGUCAUGCAGUAUAUGUGACAUUACGUUGAGUAUUUAGAGGCUGGUAUGGAGCUAAACGUGGGUCAGUAAAUUUUGGUUGGGUAUCCAACUGCAAGUGAGUAAAGCUUAUAAAAAUGAACAUUUAGUUUCUUACUGCAUAUGGAUCCACGGAAGGGACCCUAUUUUAAGCUACAGGGUUUUUGGACAUCCCAUUAUCCCAUGUGAUGAGAGCCGACACUGUGAAAGGACAUUUAGUGGAAAUGUGUGUCUGAGGAUUACAGAAAUGUAAUUAGGUAAAAGGAGAUGAGAUCAGGGUGGGCCGUGUUCUCAAGUGGGACACUGUGCUCAUAACCUUCCCGGGUGUCAGCUAUGAAUAGGCAUAAUGAAUGGAUCUUCAUGUCUAAUAAAAUCCAUUUUCACUGUAGAUCUGAAUGAGUGAGUGGCCUAUUUGUUUAGUAAGUAAACUUUAUUCAUAUAACACCUUUCACAGGUCAAAAGCCACAAAGUGCUUUACAAUAAAUACAGUUCUAUAAAAGACAAAAGAUAAAAACAUAAAAGAGGAGAUAAAAACAGCAUACAUGUAACAUCAUUCAGCAAAAAACUAUUUAAGUCUGUCUGACUACUGCCUCAAGUCUUCAACAGCUUCUUAAAACAGAACCAAGAAAGUGCAAACAUGGAGGCAAUGCCUUCCACAACCUCGGACCACAGCUCUGAAGGAUUCAUCCCCUCUGAUCUUAAAAUGUGUUCCUGGAACCAUUAACAGCCUUUGACUGGAAGAUCUCAGACUGUGAGAAGAGUUGUGGGGAUCUAGAAGGUCAGAGAUAUAGGCAGGGGCUGUUUUAUAAUGUUUGGAAAAAAGCUAAAGUGUGCUGAGCCAAACCUGUUGGUGAAAUGGAACAACAGAGAAAAAACUUAAAUAAAAACAUGUUAGGAUUUUAGGAUUUUUAUAUGUUCAUCUAGUCAGAUGUGUUCGAGCUUGUCUGAAACCUAGAAACAUGGUACCUUGCAAAAAACGUCAUUUCACUUCAAAUUUUGUCUCGUUGCACCUACGAUCUUCAAUGAAAUUUUUAGAAAAAGUAAACUGCGACAUACAUUGAUAUUGAGCUCCCUUUACCCUGACACCCCUAAAUAAAAUGCAGUACAGAAGUCACUUGAUUCCUAAAGUAAAGUCACCUGCGUGUAAUUUAAUUUAAUUUCUGAACAUAAUGUAACACAUUCUGAAAAGGUUCAAAUAAGAAGAAAUAGUUUUGCAAGUCUCUGUCUGUCAAAAAAAGUAAAGGGAAGCACAAGCCACUCGAAAUUUGAGUGAAGAAACAGCGCAGGCCUCCAUGCAGGACAUAAUGUUCACCUCACUGUUCAUCUGGACAGCAGACUGGAGACAGUAAAGAUGCCUAUAAGAGGGCUAAGAGAAGACUUUUGUUCUUGAAGUUUAUUUCCUUCAGUGUUUGCAGCAAGAUGUUGCAAACUUUUAACUUUGCUGUGCAGAGUCUCAUGUUGUGGUAGCAGCAUGUGACUAAAGGAAGGUGAACAGGCUGACAAAGAAGGCUGGCUCUGUUCUGCGGACGGUUCUAGAACUGCUUGUGCAAAGAAAGAUGCGUUGUAAUAUGAAAAACAUCAGUUACAACCCGGAGCAUCCUAUUGACAGCAGCAGUCCAACAACAGAGUGUCUUCAGUCAGAGGCUUCUGCAGCUCUGCUGCAACACAGACCUCUACAGGAGAUCCUGUAAUGACCCUCUUACAAAAUCGAAUUUUCUUUCACAAAUAACAAGAUAUUGAUUUUAAUUUGACAGAGGAAAGCUAAUUGUGGCCAAUAAAACAGAAAAAGGUGCUGCACUUGCUUUGCUAGAAAUCAGUUGGUGGAUUAAAAUUGUUACAUCUUUAGUGAUGGCAAAGCUCAGUGUGAGCUCCUUUAAUGACGAUUAGAUGAUCUGACUGUCAGGGAGGAAUCCCAUUCAUACUGCUGUUUCUCAAUCAGUAAGUGAGGUGGAUGCUUUUAACACAUUGCUGCAGGUCAUAAAAUAUGACCAUUUCCAUGUCAAUGUUUUGUAUUAAAACAAAAUAAAAAAGAAACGCUCUCUUAUUAUGAA